UUUUUCUUUAUUGCCUUGCAGCUUGCAGCCUUUUGGCACUCAGCGCCGCCAGCGAAUGGGGCUAUCCGGAUCUGGACAAAAAUCAGGAUGAGCCAUUUCCCAAGUGGGGCGGUCUUUGUGACACUGGCAGAAAACAGAGUCCCAUAAAUUUGCAUGUGAAGGGUGCGCUGAAAGGCGAGUUCAGUCCACUCAAGUUUGAGAACUACGACGAGCAUCAGGGCGCACUGCAAAUGGUCAACAAUGGUCACUCAAUUCAACUCUCGGGCUUUGCUCACGAUCUGACGCUGAGCGGUGGAGGCCUGACCAGCGACUUUGUGGUGGAGCAAAUUCAUAUGCAUUGGUGGUCAGAGCACACCAUAAACGACAUACGCUAUCCCCUGGAGGUGCACAUUGUGCAUCGGAACAAGAUCUAUCCCAACAUGAGCAUGGCAGCCAACUUCAAGGAUGGCAUCACGGUGAUCGGCGUGCUCUAUCAUGUGUCCAAUACGCCCAACGAGGCCAUUGGCAGCAUCAUCAAGAGCCUGGACAAUGUGAAGAAAUACGAUCAGAUGAAUGUGCCCACCCUGGUGGCCGAUAGCCUGGCCGUGGACGAUCUGGUGCCCAGUGUGGACACAUAUUUCACCUAUGCCGGCUCGCUGACCACGCCCACCUGUGCAGAGGCCGUCACCUGGAUCGUGCUGACCGACACGCACCCAGUGACACUGGAUCAGGUGAAUCAGUUCAAGGAGAUCGAGUACAAACAGGACAAACAGCUCCACAACAACUAUCGCGAGCUGCAGAGCGAGAACAAUCGUGCUGUGGUGCUGGUGCAGCAGCUGCAGCAGCGCGACUCAGCGGGCAGGAUGUCCGGGCUGAGCUUAGGCCUAAUGCUGCUGCUGGGCGCGGCAGUGCGACAAUUUCAGCUGUAACUUUUGACGGGCGGCAGCUAGAGAGCUACACCAAAGACAAAUCCAAACCAGAGAGCAACGACAUACCAGACACACAGAAACUAUACUCAUUAUUUGAAGGCAGGAUUCAAAUAAAUCCAGAUGAAAUUUCAACUAGUCAAUUGAUGUGACAUUCAAA